AUGCCGGGCCCUCCACCUCCACCUCCCCCUCCCCCUCCGCCCAUGCCUGGGAUGAAGGCGCCAGGAGCAAAGCCGCCCUCUGGUGCCGGAAGAGGAGCGCUGCUGGGCGAUAUUAGCAAGGGCACGAGGCUGAAGAAGGUUGCCGUGGUGAACGACCGGUCCGCGCCAAUCGUCGGGAAGGUCAAAGAUGCUGCGCCGGCAAUCGGGGGAGCGCCGCCUGUUCCUGGCAUGGGAAGACCACCUGCACCUCCUGGCGGUCUUGCCCCGCCCGUACCAGGAGCUGGCAGCCGGGCGAGAAGCAACAGCGACACGGGAGGAGACAGUGGAAUGGCUGCACCUCCGCAGCUGGGAGGGCUGUUCGCUGGCGGCAUGCCCAAGUUGAGAAAGUCGGGGGGUGUCAAAACGGGCGCCGACACAAAGUCGCCAUACAUGUCCGAUCCAGAGACACGAAGCUCGGCGCCCACACCUCCGCGAGGAGCAGCACCGCGACCGCCAGGCGCCCCUCCGCUUCCUCCUGGGGGUGCCCCGCCUGCGCCGCCCAUGCCAGGCGCACGACCGCCGCUCAAACCCGUUGCCUCUCUUGCCUCGAGCAUCAGCGGGAAACCAAAACCACCUCCGCCGAUUGGCAAGAAGCCACCCAUGCCCCCCCCUUCGUCCCGAAAGCCCUCUGGCAUGGCGCCUCCACCCCCAGCGUCGCCUGCUCGCGCCCCUCCCGUCCCAGGUAGCGCACCCCCCGCCCCUCCACCGCCUCCUCCAACUUCGACGCCGUCCGCACCCCCUCCACCUCCCCCAGGUGCCAUACCUCCACCUCCGCCGCCACCACCCCCACCAGCCGCGCCGCGAGCUCCUUCACGAUCAACGCCUCCUCCCCCUCCAUCUGCGCCGCCCGCGCCUCGGCCGCAAGAAGACGAUGACGACUACGAUCCAUACCGCUACGACAGCUCUCGAUCUCGAUCACCUUCUACGCCCGCGCCUCCACCACCAACAAACGGACACAUACCUUCUCUCGCAGAGCAAGCAGCACGAAACGCGUUUGGCCAAGGCCGCGCUUCACCUGCGGCUCCUCCUCCUCCUCCACCACCUCCUCCAGGGGCAGCGCCAACCCCGCCGCCCCCCUCCAUGUCAGCGCCCCUUCCUCCCCCACCGCCGAGCGCCGCACCGAGUCGACCCACCUCGCAGACACCUUCGCGAUCAACAAUGGACGCAAGCAUGUACACACUAUCGAACGGCGGAUCGAACUUGAGGAGUCCGACAGGAACAACAAGCGGAGCAUCAUCAGGGCAGAAGGGCAAAAUUGCGCCUGUGCACGAUCUGAGAUGGAGGUUCCAGCCCGAACACUCGUUCCCAGCUCCAAGGCCGUUCACAGGUGGGCCGAAGAGGUACAGAGCUGGGAGAGGGAGUAGCGUGCCGCUGGAUCUGAGCGCCUAUGAAUAG